CCGCUGGGGGCGGGGCCUGGCCCGAGGGGCGGGGUCCGGCGCGGUGCCCGCUGGCGCGCAGAGAGUGACGGGGCCAGCGGUCUGGGCGCCGAGGAUGUGCGGCCGGACGUCCUGCCACCUGCCUAUGGAGGUCCUGGCCCGGGCCUGCGCCUACCGGGACCGGCAGGGCCGCCAGCGGCUCCCGGAGUGGAGGGACCCCGACCGGUACUGCCCCUCGUACAACAAGAGCCCGCGGUCCAACAGCCCGGUGCUCCUGUCCCGGCUGCACCUGGAGAAGGACGCAGACUCGUCCGAGCGGAUCAUUGCGCCCAUGCGGUGGGGCUUGGUUCCCUACUGGUUCAAAGAAGCGGAUCUUUCCAAGCUGCAGAUCAACACCAGCAACUGCCGCAGUGACACCAUAAUGGAGAAGCGGUCCUUCAAGGUGCCUCUGGUUAAGGGGAAACGCUGUGUCGUCUUAGCGGACGGAUUCUACGAGUGGCAGCGACGUCAGGCCACGAACCACCGGCAGCCCUACUUCAUCUACUUCCCGCAGAUCAAGACCGAGAAGUCCGAGCAGGUGGGUGCUGUGGCCAGCCCCGAGGACUGGGAGAAGGUCUGGGACAACUGGCGGCCGCUGACGAUGGCCGGCAUCUUUGACUGCUGGGAGCCCCCGGAGGGCGGAGACUGCCUCUAUUCCUACAGCAUCAUCACGGUGGACUCCUGCAAGGUCAUGACCGACAUCCACAACAGGAUGCCUGCCAUACUGGAUGGGGAGGAGGCAGUCUCUAAGUGGCUGGACUUUGGUGAGGUCUCAGCUCAGGAAGCUCUGAAGUUGAUCCACCCCACGGAGAACAUCGCCUUCCACCCAGUGUCGUCCAUGGUGAACAGAUCCUGGAACAACGCUCCCGAGUGUCUGCUCCCGCUCCACCUGCUGACCGGAAAGGAGCUCAAGGCGAGCGCCAGCAGCCAGAAGAUGCUGCAGUGGCUGGCCACGAAGUCACCCAAAAAGGAAGAGCCCAAAACACCCCGAAAGGAGGAGUCAGAUGUGCCCCAGUGGUCCAGCCAGUUCCUGCAGAAGAGCCCACAAACCCCCAAGCGAGGCAGCGCCUGCCUCCUGGAGCGGUGGCUGAAGCGGGGUCAGGAGGAAGAGCCUGCGGCCAAGCGGCCUCACAUGUAGUAGCACAGGCCUUCUGGAGACCACGGCCGAGGUGCUCGGUGCUAACUACCGCGUGAUCCCAGGUCGUGUGUGUGUGUGUGUGUGUGGUGGGGGAGUUCCAAGGCUGAGGGGUGUGUGUGUGUGUGCACGUGUGUGCGCGCGUGUGUGUUGGGAGUUCCAAGGGCGAGAGGUGCUGCGCUGAAUCCUACUGUGAUCACAGGUUGCACUUGGGGUGGGAGGUUGGUGGUGGAGUGCCUCCCAUCAUAGCUCAGUGUUAGUUCAGGGUUUCGGCCUCCCGGCACAGUACGUGCUGGCUGUGACCAGGACUGCCGGAUGGGAUGGGCGGGCAGCCCCCAUCAGCUCCGAGAGAGGGGAGGGAGCCCUGGCCCACAGCCCUCGCCCGGUGGCUGGGUGGCCAGGUGGGCCCUCCCUCAGAGCCCGUCCCUGCUGGCGGUUCUCAGCAGACGCUGUAUUCUGCUCAGCCUGUGGGCUCUUUCAGUGUUUGGGAGUUAGGUUCUUAAAACAUUGUCUUUUUCUCUGAAUAAACUGUAUUUGAUAACCUGUCUAGAAAAUGCUGCCGGUGGGAGGAACUCUGAUCUGUUUCCUCCUGGCCACGGUCCCGGGGAAUGAUUUUGUCACAAGCGUGGGGGCACUGGGGUCUUUGCAGGCAAAACUGCUUUUUUGGAAACAAUAAAAAGACUUGGCAGGGGGGUCUUUA